AGAGUUGGAAUCUUCUUUGCCUUCGAUUCAAUUUUGUUGUAUUAGGUGCAAGCUACUAGUAAGCCUUAAUUAUUCCUGUUUAUUAUAAUUUUUUUUUAAAAAUUUUAUUUUUAUUUUAUUGAUUUCUCUUUUUGAUUUUUGUUAUUGUCAAGCAACCAAUGGAGUACGAUCAACAAAGACCUUACUCGACAGAUGAAAUGAAGGAAGAGAUGAAGAACCUAAUCGAUGCCAUGCACCCCUUAUGCUUACGGGAAAAAGAACCGACGGUAAUCCUCAUGCAUCACGGAUGGAAGUCGGAACGUCUUAUAGAGGGUUUGGUUCAUAAAGGGAAUGAAUUCUUUGAGGAAAUUGGUUUGAAACCAACUUUGAUUGAUUCAUAUCAAGAUUUCUCUGUUUCAUCUUGUGGUAUUUGUUCUAAGACUGAAGAUGAAUUUAAUAUGUAUAGUGAUGAUGAUGAUGAUGAUGAUAGUGAUGAUGAUGAUGAUGAUGAUGACGAUUAUGAGGGUGAGGGCCAGGGUGAAGGUGCGGGAGAGGGUGAGGGUGAUGUGGAAGGUGAGGGUGAGGGCGAGGGUGAUGUUGAAGAUGUCGAAGGUGAGGGCGAGGGUGAUGUUGAAGGUGAGGGCGAGGGUGAUGUUGAAGAUGUCGAAGGUGAGGGCGAGGGUGAUGUUGAAGGUGAGGGCGAGGGUGAUGUUGAAGAUGUCGAAGGUGAGGGCGAGGGUGAUGUUGAAGGUGAGGGCGAGGGUGAUGUUGAAGAUGUCGAAGGUGAGGGCGAGGGUGAUGUUGAAGGUGAGGGCGAGGGUGAUGUUGAAGAUGUCGAAGGUGAGGGCGAGGGUGAUGUUGAAGGUGAGGGCGAGGGUGAUGUUGAAGAUGUCGAAGGUGAGGGCGAGGGUGAUGUUGAAGGUGAGGGCGAGGGUGAUGUUGAAGAUGUCGAAGGUGAGGGCGAGGGUGAUGUUAAAGAUGUCGAAGGUGAGAGCGAGGGUUAUGUUGAAGAUGUCGAAGGUGAGGGCGAGGGCGAGGUUGAGGUUGAAGAUAUCAAAGGUGAGGGCGAGGGCGAGGGCGAGGGCGAGGGCGAGGGCGAGGGCGAGGGCGAGGGUGAGGGUGAGGGUGAUGGUGAUGGUGGAGUUGAAGAUGUCGAAUAUGAAGAUGAGGAUUAUACUUUCAUCUCCACACCUUUUUGUUCUCACAAAUUCUGCAAAACUUGUUGGAGAGAGUAUCUUGAGAAAAAUUACUACUCUCUUGAGGAAAACCUAACCAUAAUCUCAUGCCCUGAUCAAGAUUGUAGAGCUGCGGUUGGACAACAAACGGUUGAGAAACUAGGAGUAUAUGAUCAAGAGAUGUACGAGAAUUAUCUUCUGAGAUCUUAUAUCGAGAACAAACAACUUGAUGCGCCUGAUUGUAAUUAGACCAUUGACCAUAUCUGAAUUUGCUAAAAAAUAAGUUGUUCUUUUAUGAGAUGCAUUAAGUCUAUUUUUUUUUUUUUAAUAAUAA